UUUGUUCAUUAUUAAAAAAAUUCAUAUUUGUAUUAAUAUAUGGUCACAUUAACUAGGCCACAAAGGGAAAUCCCAAAUGUUCCUCUUGCUUUCCGAUCUCCAUACAUGGUCAAGUACAAGGAUUUGUUCAAAGAUGAAGACACAAUGAACAAACUUGUAACAGACUAUGCUUAUAGUGGAAAAGAUCAAAGUGAGCUACUAUACUAUGAUGGAGUGAAUUCGAUCAAUAGGGAAGAGAUGAAAACUCUUGAAGGGGAUACAUUAGUAGUUAACAAUGUGAUCGAUUCAUGGGCAGUACUUCUGAAUCAAAAAAGGUCAAAGAACAAGUUAUACUUUUCAACAUUUCCACAUCAAAUUAUGUAUGCAAAUACAGUGUGUCCUGAAGGAUCAUCAAUGGAGCUUAGAAUUGCAUACUUCAAAGAAAGAAUAACAAAUGAAUUGAGGUUAUACAAAAUCAAGAGUGCAGUUGGAUAUCAACAGAUUUUUUUUCCAGUGGCCAUAUAUGCACAUUUCUAUCUUCUAUGCAUUGAUCAUAUCAAUGAGACAAUGCAUAUAAUUGACAACAGGAAACUGCCAAAACAUCAAACAAUUUUAAAAGGAUAUGCAGAAUAUUUGAAAGGGUUGGGGUAUGAAGAUGCAGAUUCUAUUGAGAAAUAUAAGGUGGUUUUGCAAAAAAUGAAGUGGAGGAGCAACGAACAUUACACCAACUGUGGAGUUUACAUUAUGAAACAUAUGGAAACUUUCACUGCUGAUCCCAAUGAAGAAUGGGUUUGUGACCUAAAACCAAACAAUGUGAACCAAAUCAGAAAGCUCAGAGUACAAUACACUGCUGAACUAAUGCUGAAUGAAGGAAACAGGCAGUCACAGAACAAUAGAAGAGCAACAAGAAGAUUUGCACAAGCUUAA